UGCCCUUUAGGUUAAAAUAUAUUCUUGAAAAGUAGUUUUCAGAUCUUAACUAAUGAGAACUAAGAAAUUCUUAUCUCUUCUGCUACCUUCAUUGAUGGUGUUUAUUUGUUUUUUUUUUUUGAUUCAAAUAGAAAAACGUCCUACCAGUUGUGACGACAAAUGCAAUAGCACAUCGCAAUGCAAUAAAAUAUACACAUCAAAAGGUUACGCGAAAGAAAUUUGUAAACGGGACCUUCAUUUGUUUUACAUAUGUUAUUGCUUUACCAAAUUUGAAUCUCAAGUUGAUCCUUUCAUUGCUAGUCCUCCUAAUUACUAACUAACUUCUUAUUUUAUAUGUACUAGGGAGAAUCCGGGCUACACUACGCCCGGAGAUAUAUUUGGCAGCUUAAUUGUUUAAAAAAUUAGUUAAUUUAAGUUUUAGUUCGUUUAUAGUUUUGUUAGUAGACAUGCAAAAAAAAAAAAUCAUAUUACACUACAUUUUUUGUGUACUAUUAAUUGUUUAAAUUUAUAAAUCUUUAA